ACGUUCGUGACGUGACCUUCCCCGGAAGCGGAAGUCUUUUGCUGCAGUGCAGGACGGAGGCCCCGGGGGCCCGCGGGGAAGAUGCCAGUUGCCGUGAUGGCGGAAAAUCCGGUGUCAUAUCAGAGGCUUCUAGAACAAUGCGAGGAACAGGAGCUGGAGGCUCCUGGAGGUGUGGCCGCUCCUCACAUUUAUAGUCAGCUGCUGGCUCUGUAUCUUUUGCACAAUGACAUGAACAAUGGUCGUUACCUGUGGAAAAGGAUCCCACCGCCUAUUAAAUCUGCCAAUGCAGAGCUUGGUUGGAUUUGGGAGGUGGGUCAGAGGAUCUGGCAAAGAGAUUUUCCUGGAAUAUAUGCCUCCAUAGCUGCCCAUCAGUGGUCUGAAAACAUAUUGCCCAUCAUGGAGGCAGUAAGAGAUGAAACACGGCAGCGAGCCUUUGGACUUGUAUCUCAAGCUUAUACAUCAAUUUCUGCUGAUGAUUUAGCAGCAUUUGUUGGACUUUCUGUUGAAGACGCUGUAAAAGGAGUUCUAGAACAAGGUUGGCAGGCUGAUUCUGCCACACGAAUGGUAAUGCCGAAGAAACCAGGUAGGUGGAGAUAUAGGUUCAAUAUCUGUACAUUUGUGAGCUCAGCAGAUUCUGCUCCCCUGUCUCUGAUCCCCAACGAACAGCAGCUGGCGAGACUCACUGACUACGUGGCCUUCCUAGAGAACUAGCAUCCCCUUCCAGCCUGACAUCAAGUAUGCAGGAAGCUGGGGGAGCGGCAGGCCGGGGAUUCUCUGCACUUUGAUGCCCGAACCUCUGAAUCCUCACAUUUUAUAUACUCGUUAAAGGC